UUUUGCUUUCUUUACAGUGAGGAGUUUCGUCUAUAGGUGAAAAGUCUCGAGACGCGUCGGCGCUCCUGGCCUUUAUAGAUCAUCACCAACUCACAUCUCAUUCACGAAAUGCAAGGCAUGCUGACUCGUCUGACCCGCCUGGCCUGGGCUGCCCCCACCCUGAGCCGUGCAGUGCAUUCUGGGAUGCGGAUGACCUCCUCUGUGGCGUCCCGGGCGGAGCGUGCGGAGCGUCAGCUCACCUCAGAGGAAGUGUACACUCGCGAGGAUCGAUACGGAGCGCACAACUACCACUCGCUGCCCGUGGUCCUGGAGAGGGGAGAGGGCAUCCACAUGUGGGACUUAGAGGGUCGUAGGUAUUAUGACUUCCUCAGUGCACACAGCGCAGUUAACCAAGGCCACUGCCACCCCAAAAUCAUUGCUGCCCUCAACACCCAGGCCUCCAAAUUGACCAUCACCUCCAGAGCCUUCUACAACGACGUCCUGGGUGUGUAUGAGGAGUACAUCACCAAUCUGUUUGGAUAUGACAAAGUCCUGCCCAUGAACACAGGUGUUGAAGGUGGAGAGACGGCCUGCAAGCUGGCACGAAAAUGGGCGUACAAUGUGAAGGGCGUUCCCAAAUAUCAGGCAAAGAUCAUCUUUGCAGAGGGUAAUUUCUGGGGCCGUACGAUGGCGGCCAUCUCCAGCUCCACUGACCCCAGCAGUUAUGACGGUUUUGGCCCAUUCAUGCCUGGAUUUGAGGUGGUUCCUUACAACGACAUACCUGCCCUGGAGAAAGCCCUGCAGGAUCCUAAUGUGGCUGCGUUCAUGGUGGAGCCCAUCCAGGGUGAUGCAGGUGUGGUGGUUCCUGACCCAGGUUACCUGACCAAAGUCCGAGAGCUGUGCACCAAACAAAACGUUCUGUUAAUUGCUGAUGAGGUGCAGACGGGUUUGGCUCGUACGGGCCGCAGGCUGGCUGUGGACCAUGAGGCUGUGCGGCCGGACCUGGUGGUUCUGGGAAAAGGUCUGUCUGGAGGAGUCUAUCCUGUGUCUGCAGUGCUCUGUGAUGACGAGGUGAUGCUGACAAUUAAACCAGGAGAGCAUGGCUCCACCUACGGAGGAAACCCUCUGGCCUGCAGAGUAGCCAUUGCGGCCCUAGAGGUUCUAGAGGAGGAGAGACUGGCUGAGAAUGCUGAGAAAAUGGGAAAUAUUCUGAGAGCAGGGCUGAACAGACUGCCCAAAGAAUUAGUGACGACAGUGCGGGGGAAAGGUCUGAUGAACGCCAUCGUCAUCAAGGAGACUAAAGACUACGACGCCUGGCGAGUGUGUUUGCGUCUCCGUGACAACGGACUCCUGGCCAAACCCUCUCGUAGUGACAUCAUCAGACUGGCCCCGCCCCUCAUUAUCAAAGAAGACGAGAUCAGCGAGUGCGUUGACAUCAUCCAGCGAACCAUCCUGUCAUUUUAAACUGUUAUAAAAUCCUACUGACCAUCAACCACAAACAAAAACACCCUGUUCAUUUUCCUCCAACUGUGAGGACUCAAUACAAUGCUGACCAUAUGAGUUAACAUGCAGAAAACAAGUCUAUAUGCUAAAGGCUUCAUGUUUCAGUUUAGAUCUAGUUUCUACAUUUUUAUAUUCUGUUCUACAGUUUUGGACGAGUGGAGGGAUGAUAAGUGAUUUACCAAGUACAGAUUUUGAAAUUUCAUGAUUUAAAGUUUCUUUAAUUCCAUGAGUUUUAAAGGUCACAUUUGUCAGGGUCAGCUAACUCCCAGACAAUACUUGACUGUGAAUUUCACAAGUGCUGCUAGUUUUUUAGCUCCCAGUCCUGGUCUGCUGGACACCAUAAACUCUGAAUUUUUUGUUUUUCCAGCUCUAACACACUUCAUUCUAGUCACCAGAUUAUAUGUUGCAAAAAAAACAAAAAAAAAACAAGGAUGCCGUGGCAGGUGAAAUCAUCUAAAAUCUAGUCAGUAUAUCUAAUAUUUUACAUAUAAUAUUCCUACAUUUCACUGGUCAGAUUGUUCUAAUGUAAGCAUGAUUUCUUGAAACAAGCUAAAGAAAUAUGUCUGGACCCUGAAAAUUAAAAUGAUAUUAUAUAUCUGUUCUUUUUAAGUUUUAUGUUUAAGUCUGAAAUUACCACAUGUGGCUCUGUAGUAUGUGUGAUGUUUAAGGACUGGGACUGAAACCCUGUUUUUGCUGUACGGUCUGUUAGAAUGUUGUUUAACAGCAAACUGAAUUCAUACUAGCAGUAUUAGAACCCACUACAUGUUAAAAUGAUUGAAUUAUGUGAUGACGUCACGCGUGAACUAUGUAAAGAACUUUUCCAAAAUAAAGAAAUUUCCCAUGA